GAGAGGAACACACACAAAAGACAGGCAGAGAAGAGCUGACUGAGAAAUACUACGCACACUGCAGAUAAGAGGAAAUAUUAACAGCUUGAAUUUAGUCCUUUCCUGGCUCUCUCUCCAUCUCUUUUAUUCUGCAACACCUCACAUCAUAUCUAGCUUUUUCAGAGCAUUCAGCUAAGUGCCUCUGAUCUCAUCUCCUCAGUGCACCAGGACUGAAUUCAAAUUGUGAAUGUGCAAGAGUGAGUAAGGACUUUUCAGGGAACUCCAGCCAGAGAGAGAGAGAGAGAGAGAGAGAAAGAGAGGGUCAACAGAGCCAUCUGGGACUCGGUGUGGACCUGAAAGAGAUAGGAGAGUGGUAAGCUAAAGAGGAAAGAUGAGUCUAAACGGUCAAACUCUGACCAUCAGUGGACACGACUUGACCAGAAACAGCAGCAGCAGCAACCAAGCCCCCUGGGAAGAUGCUAGGGCGGUUUUAAAGCCCUCCACCCCGACCAGGAAACCUAAAUCACCCAAGCCGGAGAAUGCCAUCACCAUUGCUGUGUCAUCACGAGUCCUCUUCAACAUGGAGAAGGAGCAGCAGAUCUAUGAGCAGCAAGGCAUGGAGGAAUACAUCAAGUAUCAGGUGGAGCAUGAAACGCAGCCUUUCAGCCCCGGACCUGCCUUUUCCUUUGUCAAGGCUCUGGAGGCUGUGAACACACGACUGAGGGAGCUUUACCCCGACAGUGAGGAGCUCUUUGAUGUUGUGCUCAUGACUAACAACCACGCAUAUGUUGGCCUAAGACUCAUCAAUACCAUCAACCAUCACCAGUUGUUCAUCGAGCGCUUCUGUAUGACAGGGGGAAACAGUCCCAUAGGCUACUUGAAGGCCUACCACACCAACCUUUACCUGUCUGCUGAUCCCACCAAGGUUCGAGAAGCUCUGGAGGAAGGUAUAGCAGCAGCCACUAUGUUCACCCCAGAGAAGAUAACAGAAGUGUCGGAGACACAGCUGCGUGUCGCCUUUGAUGGUGAUGCCGUCCUCUUCUCUGAUGAGUCUGAGCGCAUUUACAAGGCCCAUGGGCUGGACAAGUUCUUUGAGCACGAGAAGGCACACGAGAACAAGCCUCUGGACCAUGGGCCAUUGAAAGGUUUCCUGGAGGCUUUAGGAAAGCUGCAGAAGAAGUUUUACGGCAAAGGCCAGCGCAUGGACUGCCCCAUCCGGACCUACCUGGUGACAGCUCGCAGUGCAGCCAGUUCUGGUACCAGAGCCCUAAAAACACUGCGCUCAUGGGGUCUGGAGAUCGAUGAGGCUCUCUUUCUGGCAGGGGCACCCAAGGGACCCAUGCUUGAGAAGAUCAGGCCACACAUUUUCUUUGAUGACCAGAUGUUUCAUGUGGAGGGGGCAGCAGAAAUGGGUACAGUAGCGUGCCAUGUGCCAUAUGGGAUAGCUCAGAGAGUUACUGAGAAAGUUAUUAAGGACCUGGAGACUUCUUAAUAGCCUGGGCAUCACUGUGCAGAGGCACGUGACUAAAGGGACAUUUUGGCUUUCAGCAGCAGAGGUUGUUAUAAAUGUUUUUAAAGCAUGAAAGAAAAACAUGUCUUGAAAAUGGGUUGAAAAUAUGCUAAAACCCAGAUGAUGCAAUGUGACUUGUAUAUUAUAUAAUGACAUGAUAGCAGUGUCAUAAUGACAUUAAUUAAAUAAUUUAAUUCAUUAACAGUUAAUGACUUUUCAGCUGAGAGGGUUAUUUUAUCCAUUACAUCCAUCAGUUUAUAAAGAGGUACAACUUUCUAAUGAGGUAAUGAGGUACCUGAGAUUGUAAUAAGGGCUUUGUUAAUCAUUAAUAAAUAUGUACUGAAGCUUUAUAGAUGAGUUAAAAGCCAUUAUUUAUAGCAAUGUUUGGGUUGCCAGGUUGUCUUUGACUGAUUGGAACAUAUGACCACAUGCAUGUGGAAAAGGGCUGCAGAGGAUCAAGACCAGAAUUAUUUAUUUUAUUAUUAUUUAUUUCGCACCUAUUAAUGGUCAAUAAAUGUAUUAUUAUUAAAUCUGGCAACCCGACAUUUGUUCUUGUUAACUAUUAAAAAAGCCAUUUGUUACAAUUUAUAAACCCUUUCUAAAGAUCGGCUUAUUUUUUUUGUUUGAGAUUUUUACCGACAUCCAUAAACAUUGUUUUGAAAAAGCAAAAAACAAAACGCCUGUCAAAAUAAAUUGAAAAAAUCAAAAUACAUUUCAAAUCACACAAAACCAAAUAUUAGUAAUCUACAAAUUCUAAACAAUAUUUACUUAGAUGUCAGGUUACUGAGGAGACUGAAGACUAUUUUUGAUAAAGAGUGAUUAGAAGCUACAGCUGCACUAAAGACGUGUGCAUCACUUUAUGCAGAAUCUGGACUUAUACACUUAAAUGUUUUAAACUGGUGCCUUUUUUUUCACCAUUUCUUUUGGUCAGUCUUGCAUGGUAUAUGGUUGGUAUAUGUUAUGUUGCACAUGUGGUUGUUUGAUCAAUGUAUCUGAAUGUAUUUUGAGUAGUAUAUUGGUACAAUGGGAACAGUUUACUCAUAAAUUAUAUUAAAUAUUUAUUUUAUUAUUUAUUUAUUUAUUUUUGUUCUGGAAAAUAAAGAUGAGUUUUAACAUGUUUAGGAUUUAUUGACAUCCAUCUUGUGCAAUUUUCAUUCUUGCCGUGCCGAAAGUUCAGUGUUUUUAUUGCCUGGCUGUUAUUUUAUCAUUUUGACGUGUUGUUAUUGGUUGUUGUCACUGUUGCUCUGCUGUUCUGAGUGUGAAGUUGAUUUUGAAUAACAAACCUGCUCAGACGCUGAAUCUGUGUAAGUCUGGGCCAAAUAAGCACUGUGGACUUUUAUGCAAUCUAGUAUUUCUGUUUCAAGAGUGAAAUAAAGAUGACUGUAUUCAAAAAAGGUAAAAACAAUUUCAACCUUUUACUCUCUUACUCAAGAAUUGGAAUAAAAAGCAAGAGCUCAUAGUACAGGAAAGGUAUGCUUUAAUUUACAGUGAAAAUAAUUUGAUGGUGGCUAAAAUGAUUCUUACUCUUCAGCACAGACAGGGGGAGACAGACACCAAACAUCUGAUUAUUCUUCAACAUCACAGGAAGACCAGUCAAUCAUUUAACUUCUUUUUGCAAUUAACAGAGGACAUUUUGUGUAUUGACACUAUUAUGACUCCUUUCACUUAAAACUUAGAGUCACCAAUUAACAUAUUAUCCUGCAUGUCUCUGGAGAGUGGGAGGAAGCCGGAGUACCCGAAGAGAACCCACACAGACACGGGGAGAACAUUCAAACGCCACACUGAAAGGCCCCAACCGAGGUUUGAGGCGACAGAAAUUUUGACAGAAAAUUAUUAUUUUUAUUUACUGCCAAUUCACUGCUCCACAUAGAGUAUGUAUAAAUUAGGUUUAGUCAAUUAACUGAAGUAAAAUCGUCUCACAAUGUAUACACAGUUUAUAUAAGUGCUAAAGCAGCCAUCAUGUAACGGGUGGCCUUAGUACUCCUGUGUGAUUCAAAGUAUUAUGUCAUUAUAACCAGGAAAUGUGCUUUCUUAAGAUUUCUUUCAAAGUACCCUAAAUAUGUUGGAAAAUGGCCUAAAAUGUGUGAAAAGACUGGUCUCACAGCAGUCUGUGAAACUGUCGUGUUUACAGCACGUCUUUUACAGCUGCAUGAUCAUUCGUCCUGAGCAGCACACAAAAAAUAAAGAAAUUCAUGACAAAACAACUGCCAUGAGACUGGGUUGACAUAACAGUGUCAAAAUUCACCUAAAUACAACUUAAACCACUAAAAAAAGUUACACAACUGUUGCAAAACAAAACAAAAAAUGCUGCUUUCAUUUUUCAGCUGUCUGAGAUGACAAAAGUGAGUUAAUAUCAUUUGCAUUUGACAAAAGUAAAAAUAUUCAUAUCCACGCUGUAAAUCUCAAGCUGUUUCCAGUUUUAGGGGCACAUUGAUAGCAGCCAUGCUAUUGCUCCU